AUGAUGGGAUCGCGCUACAGGUACUCGUUGGAAGUUAAAGGCUAUGCACUCGGCGGAGGAGGAGGCGGCUAUCCCGUUGGCGGCGGAGCCUACCCAGCAGCUGGAGGAUACGCGCAAGGCGGCGGCGGCGGUAACUAUGCAGCACCAAGCAACUACGCAGCACCAGCUCCCACUUAUGCUGCAGGAGGAGGAGGACCAAGCUAUGCCGGAGGAGGCGGAGGCCCAAGCUAUGCCGGAGGAGGCGGAGGCCCAAGCUAUGCUGGAGGAGGCGGAGGCCCAAGCUAUGCCGGAGGAGGCGGAGGCCCAAGCUAUGCCGGAGGAGGCGGAGGCCCAAGCUAUGCUGGAGGAGGCGGAGGCCCAAGUUAUGCUGGAGGAGGCGGAGGACAGAGUUAUGCCAAAGGAGGCUACGCAGGUGGUGGAGGAGGAUCCAACUAUGCAGGAGGAGGCGGAGGCUCCAGCUACACCGGUGGAGGCGGAGGCCAGAAUUAUGCUAAAGGAGGCUAUGCAGGUGGAAAGGAGGAUAUCUCAGGUGGAGGAUACUCUGAAGGGGCUGCACCUCCGCCAGCACCCCCAAUUCCAGCGCUACGCCACCACGCACCAGAGCACACCACGUCCACGGCACCAGCACCAGUAGAGGCUGCACAGACAUACGGUGAAGGAGAGUCUGCUGGAGGCGCUUUUGAUAAUGCCAACGCUGCACCUGAGCCAGCUGCUGCGGAAGAAACUGAAGAAGCAGCACCAGCACCUGCUGCGGGCGGUGGAAGCAACUACGAUCAAGCGGCAGCAGCUCCGGCACCAGCUGCUGGUGGAGAAGAAUACGAGGGUGGUCAAGGUUUCCGACUCCGCCGAUUCUCGAAGACUGACAAAGGCGCGUUGGACAAGAACUGCAACUCAUUGCGACUCAGAAAGAUCAUGCGACAGAGCAUGACUACCGAAGCCGAAUCGUCAAUGGUGAAAGUUUCCGAAGGUGUGAAGAAUCGCUUGAAUUCCGGUGAAUGGUAUGUGGCCGUGUGGAACUGA